UUUCAGGAUGUCACAAAACAACGAGAUGCAUCCUCGUAACCCUUAUCGAAACAAGCCGCCGGAUUUCAAAGCAUUGGCAGUGGAGUAUCCAGAGUUCCGCAAGUUUUGUCAAUACGUGAGCAACGGAAAAGUUACGUUCGAUUUUAAAAAGGAUGCUGCUGUUCGCUGUCUCACUCAGACUUUGCUGAAAAAAGAUUUUAAUUUAGAUGUCGAAAUACCACCAGGACAUUUGGUUCCACGUGUUCCGCAAAAACUCAAUUACUGCCUGCUCAUCGAUGAUCUCCUCAAAGCGAAUAAGCUAACGAAGAAUGUGAUUGGUAUUGAUAUUGGCACCGGAACAUCGUGUAUUCAUGCUUUAAUAGGAGCUCGGCAGUUUAACUGGAAGUUCAUUGCCACUGACGGAGAUGAAAAAUCAGUUCGUGUAGCUCAUGAAAACGUGGCAAAAAAUGGGCUGAGCAGUUCAAUUUGUGUAGUUCAUGUGAAUCCCGAUGUUAAAACAGUGCUAAUGGAUGUAGUCAACACGAUUCCGGAUACAGAUUAUGCAUUUUGUAUGUGUAAUCCUCCGUUUUUCGAAAAAGGAAAUGGCGAUGACAAGUUUUGUGAAGAUAUCUCAUCAUCCACGGAAACAUAUUCAAAUCGUGUUGCUUCUGAAUUCCGAACCGCUCCUCACUCUGCUACCUUCGCCUCAAGUGCAGAAUUAUUUGUUGAUGGAGGCGAAGUAGCUUUCGUUAAUAGGAUUAUUGAUGACAGUGUGCUUCUACGGGAUAGAAUCAAAAUCUACACAACAAUGAUAGGUCGAAAGUCUAGUCUGAAGCCCCUGCAAAAUCGUCUGCAACGCUUCGGAGAUGACGUUAAAAUUAUGAUUUCUGUGCUGAAUCAAGGAAAAACGAAGCGCUGGAUGUUGGCAUGGACAUUUUCAAAAUCUGUAUCUCUUACAACAAUUGACCGUCCAAUUUCAUUUCAAUGUCCAAAGCCUGGAUUAACGAGGUUAAUGCAGGAAAUAAGUAUAUUAAAUGGACGUUUGAGGCAAGAAGAUACAUUAGCUAUUGUUGCUGAGUUCAAAUGUGUGACAUGGACAAAUCAAAGAGCCCGGAAAAGAGCAAAAGCUAUUCUAUCAGAGUCUAGCAUCAAAAAAGCAAAGUGGAACUUCUCAAACGUGGCUUGUCAAGUAGCUUUUGGAGCUGGAGAUGGAAAAGAUUCAUACACAGACGCUGGAAACUUUGUGUCUUCUGAAUCGAUACCAACGAACAAUUUAAAUGCGUGGGAUAACGCUUCGCAAGCGUACUUUCCUUUGCCGAAUGGUGAAGUUCCUGGCCCGAUCAUUCGAAUACGUAUCCAAGUUUUUUCUGAAGAUUCUUAUGAUUCGAUUUCAUUUGAAUUAAUAUCCGGUUCAAAACAACACCUUCAUCAACUAGUGCAGUAUUUGAAAAAUUUAAUAUGCCGAUAAAUAGCAUAAUUUUAUUUAUUCAAUAUUUAUACCAAUUUUGGUUUUUGUGAGAUAAUAAGAGCUUUAAUUUAUUUUUCUCUAGUGAAACAAUUUAGUUUUAUAAAAAGCAAGUAUAUCGGUUCAUCUUCAUAUUCAAAUUUAAAAAAGAAACAUUCAAGGAGU